AUGGAUACCAAACCAGCAUCAAAGGAUUCAAUGAAAUCCACCUGGCGAACCGCCGACCGAUCAGAAUGGACACAUCAACACUGGGCAUUGGAAAUUCUAAACGCCCAUCCCAUCGAAUUAAAUAAAGAAGUCCCAGUCCACGCGAAAGAGGAGAAGAUCCCAUUCAUGCCACAAUGGUCUCUGCAGCGAUGGGUUCUAUUCUACUCAGCCCUACCGCUACUCCUACACCAACUAUACAUGACCUACACCGGCCGCACGCUAGGACCCAUCGCCACAUUCAACUUCUACUUCUUCGCCUUCAACGCCACAGUCAUCUACCAAGUGCACAUCCUCCGCCGCCUGGGCCACAUCUACGGCUUCCUAGACGGCGACAAGCACGAGCGCGACGGCGUCCCCGACGUCGGCGUCGGCAAGGUCGUCACAUCCCUCUACAAGACCACCGGAUCCCGCCUCGUCAUGGCCGUCUACCUAACAUACAACAGAGACCAGCUCCCCAGCUCCAUGAACUGGCUCUGGUUGCCGCUGGAAAUAGGUCUCUAUGGCAUCGUGCUUGACUUCUGGUUCUACUGGUACCACCGUCUCAUGCACGAUGUUAGCUUCCUGUGGAAAUUCCACCGAACACACCACCUGACUAAACACCCGAACCCGUUGCUGGCUGCGUAUGCGGACCACGAACAGGAGUUCUUUGAUAUGGUCGGUGUGCCGUUUAUGGCUUAUUUCAGUUUGAGGCUGAUGGGACUGCCGAUGGGCUUUUAUGAGUGGUGGGUGUGUCAUCAGUAUGUGGCUUUUGCGGAGGUUUUCGGACAUAGUGGGUUGAGGAUGCAUUUGACUGUGCCGUCGACGUUGAGCUGGUUGUUGCAGAUCUUCGAUUGUGAUAUUGUUAUUGAGGAUCAUGAUCUGCAUCAUCGGAAGGGGUGGAGGAAGAGUCAUAAUUAUGGGAAGCAGACUCGGCUUUGGGAUCGGAUUUUUGGGACGACUACGGAUCGUAUUGAGUCUGCGGCGGAUAACGUUGAUUAUGACAAUGUGGCGAGAAUGCCUCUUUUCUGA